CUUAACUUUAUAAACUUUGUUACAAUUUCGAAGACUUUCACUUAAGGUUCUUUCUGCGAACAGUGAAGUGUGCUAAUUUAAAUUAAGAUGUUUCGUUCUGUGAUCUUGGUCUUGGCUAUUUUUGCUGUUUCUAUUUCUGCAACUAAUGUCAGAAAGUGUUCAAAAAACAGACCCGAACCUCUGUCUGUUAUUAUUGAAGGAUGUGAAACUAUGCCAUGCGAUGUUAUUAAAGGCACAACUGCCAUUAUGAACGCCCAAUUUGUUGGAACACACGAUGGCAUUAAAUCAAUGACAACUGAAGUAAGAGCUACAGUUCUUGGUUUGACAGUUCCAUAUAUUCUGCCCGACGAAGUUGCUAGCGUUUGUACAAAUUUAUUGGAUGGAGCCUCAUGUCCAAUUGAUGAAGGCGAAGAUGUAACUUAUAGUUUUAAGUUCCCCAUUGAUAAUUCUUAUCCAGAGAUUUCGGUUAAAGUGGAAGUUUCUUUAGUUGAAAAUGAAACUUCAGAAUCCAUUGCUUGUUUUGUUGCUGAUAUUAAAGUUAAAAAAGGACAAUCUGGUUAAUGACUUGUUCUAUAAUUAUAUUUGAUUUGUUAGCAUUAAAUAAAUUAAUAAUAAUAAUAUGUAAAUAUUUAUCUUA